GUCCCGUCCCGUCCCGAGCCGACCGACCGUCUCCUGUUUCCCCGACAGCCGAAGACACCACCGCUCCGAAAAAAAGCCCUGGAACCAUGGAAGGCGACAAUAUAAUUAUGCCGAUCUGACCGCGGGCUACUCUCCAAGAUGCCAGGCCUCUGGUCCAGCAGCCCUGUGUGUCUGACAGUCAUCUGCUUCUUGUCCUGGUCUCUGGCUCCCAGUCGUGCUCAGAAUGGAAAAGAUGAAGUGUCGGGACUGGAGUACGGCCGCUUGAAGUCCAAUGUGACUCUGGCAUGUGGGAAGUCACCAAUCAGGACGCCCGUGGUGUGGCAUUUUAACCACAGCUCAGAGUUGCCAUGGCACCAAGUGACCUCCAACGGAAGCCUCAUCCUCCUGCAGACAGACCACUCGGCCCAAGGCGACUACAGCUGCUAUGACAACCAGGGCCUGCUCGUGCGCUCCCUCAGGCUCAGACUCGGAUAUCCUCCAGGCCCUCUGAGUAUUUCCUGUCGAGUACCCAGUCACAAACACGUCCUCUGCUCGUGGGCUGACUCUGCAGACACCAACCUCCCGGCUCAGUACACUGCCUCGUACGGGAGUAAAAACCAGGAGAAGGAGUGUGUGGUGGACGCCUCGGGGAAGCACUGUGACAUCCACCUGCCCGGCUUCUGGCAGAUCGCACACUUCCUGCGGGUCACCGAGACCAACGCCCUGGGCUCACAGAGCACCAUUAUCUUCUUGAAGCUCCAUGACCUAUUAAAACCAGACCCUCCAGAGUCGGUGGCGGCAGAGGCAAUAGAGGGGUACCCCACCAGGCUGCAUGUGUCCUGGAGCUUCCCCUCCUCCUGGCAUGAAGACAGCAUCGCCUUCCCCCUCACCUUCCAAGUCCGAUACAGGCCCCAGGGAUCUGCUUACUGGUCAGAGAUGUACUCUGAUGAGAGCCAGAUCGUCAUAUACGACGCACUGAUGGGGCACGUCCACCAGGUGGAGGUGCGGGCUCGGGACGAGGUCAAUCCAUCGUCCCAUUGGAGCGAGUGGAGCGCCCCGGUCUAUGUACAGCCCUGGGAAGACGACUCCACGCUUGAACCCACAGACGAGGAUGUAACACCUGAAAUAUUUCCUAUUUCCACAAAGCCUGAAACCUCUACAGCCAGGUCACACAAUCAUCCGCAGUAUGAGGAUGACGGGAACGUGGGUUUGGUGAUUCUGCUGGUGCUGUUCUCUGUGGUCAUCCUCUCCACCGUCCUGUCCCUGGUGUUUGUGAUGUGGGUGAAGCAGAGACGGCGGAAUCAGGCGAACAAGCAGGAGCUCACCUCCAUGGUCAAGAUGAAGUCCAUGUCAAUAUAAUGUUGAAUCAAAGCAUGUUCUCCUCAUCGGCCCGUUCUAGGGCUCCUCCCGCUGGUCAUCCGCUGAAUCACAACUGGCCCAUCCGAAGCUGAAUGACGCUUUUUCAGCCUCUAAACAGCAUCACAAUGACCUCUCAGAAGCCUUUACAAUCUGACUAAAGCCAAAAAGGCUGCUAUGAGUCGACUACAACUGCUGGAAUUUCUAUCCCAAUCUACACUACAAUACCCAGAAUGCACCAGUGGGACAGAAGACUUAGUUACAUGGAUAUUUGGAGUUUACUCACAACCGAUGCUGCUCCAGGACCCUUUCAUGUUUUGAAGAAGGGAGACAUUUCACUGCAAGUAAGGAUUUAGAGUGCAGCUGCCAAAAUGGGGAACGCAAGCCAAAGAUUUUAAGGUUUUGUUUUUUAUUAUUUUAUUUUAUUUUGUUAUUUUUUAAUUGGCUGUUCUCCCAUUCCGGAUUCCUCACUUUUUCGUCGUUUUUGUUGUGAGAAAAUGUUCGUCCAUUUUGACUGAGCGGCCGACCCAAUGCUGUGAAGGAAGUAUCUCUCUUUCGAUCAGGCCAAAGCAGUAUCGCGGGGCAUUAAGGCUAACUUGCUAAAAUGGACUAUAAAAAUACAUAUAUGGGGCGGGGUAUAUAGACUUUUAUUUUCUUGCGUUAUAUUUUUUUGUCAUCCCUUUGUGCAUAUGUUGAAUCCUCUUUCUCUCGAUCCAUAUAUAUUUUGGAAUGAGUGUAAUAUUAGCCCGAUUUGAUGCUCAAAGAGGAGGUAAGGUAUGCAUGGGCCGUUCACAAAGCACCAGCAAAAUGUAUUUUAACUUGUAGUGUAGAGAUAUAUUAUAGCGACCAGCCCCAUCCAAAGAUUUCACUAUUGUAAAGUGCACUUAAGUAGAAGAAUCAGGUAAAACAAGCCUAGCCUGAAGACAUUCACUUUAGCCUAUAGAAGAUUACCUAGAAGAAUACAUAAAACUCAGUGAGCAAAGAAUAAAGAGAAGAACGUAGCAGCAGUAAACAGCUUCCAAAAUGUCCACAAUGCAUAAUCUUCAUGAAAGGCCCUGUGCCUGAUUUUAUUUUUUAAUUUUAUUAUUAUUUGAAGGCUUUAUUAGAGACUACUGUACCGUGAUUUGGAGAGAGAGAAGGUAGAGACAUUCAAAAUUUGUGCCCAGUGUCAAAAUCUAAAUUAACUGAUUCAUUAAGGGAUGGGUCAAAUGCAGAGGGCACAUUUCCAAAACAAAGGUGCACUGUGUAACUUCUAAGGUGGAGGUUCUGCUACUCGCUUGUCUCCUGGAGAUGUUAUUUCUUGGUCUGGAAUGUUUCACAGUAGUGCGUUAAACAUAUCUCCCUUGCAUUUGUUCCAGUACAUGUGCUGUGUAGUGAAUGAAUGAACAUGAAUUUUUACCAUGUGCACGCUUGGGUGUAAAAUCCCUCAGUCGUCCAGUUGGAAUCCAGAGCAAAGGAGAAAUUCCAUUUGUCAACUGGAGAAAAAUCCCUCACUCCGUCUUACUUGCAAAAUGUGAGAUGUUUUAGUACAAACAGUGCAACGUUUCAGCACUAGGCCUACAUUAGGCACACCGUUUGCGGGAUUUUUCUCUAUGUUCUUAGGCUGCUCCCGCUCCUCCAACGCACCCGACUCAAGUAAUUGAUGUGCGAAGUUCUCAUUCUUUUAAUUGGUCAACUCGACAAACAUUUAUUGAGGUUGAAAAUGUUUCUCAGCUCAUCCAAGCUGCUUCUUCAGUUCAGGUCAGAAUUAUAUCUGCCUGAAGGGAGGAGCUAACUACACUGAAACUACUCUGAAACUACUCUGAAACUAACACACCUACUUGCUUACAGUUUCUGUUUGUUAGCUCAGCCUAUUCAUGUGUAUGAGAGUGAGAGGAUCCUCAGAUACAGAUGACAAACCUAGAUAACAAACAGAAACUGUGCCAUUUUCUCAACCAGUUUGCUCAAGUUUAAUAUACUGUGGAAUAUUCUACGCAAAGUAAUGCUAUCUCCAUGGGAACAGGAAGGUGACAUACCCUCCACUGGAAAAGUUACACAGUGCACCUUUUAAAUUAGAAUGAGAGUCGUUUAAUUUCAUCAUAACCCUGCUUUGCAAGUAAGAAAGACAGGAGUAAACUUGCUUCAUAAUAAUCCUCAAUUUCACAAUUUAGCAAUUUUUCUGAAUCUUGAUCAACGAAAACACAAAUUAAGUUAACUGAUUAGAUUUUUUUUUUAGAUAACCCAGCCCUGCCUGUUUUUUACUUGAUGGGUCUCAUCUAAUAAGUGGUGCAAAGGGCAAUAUCCUGAACUAUAAAAAAAAAAUCAUAUCACUUACCGUGCUUGUACAUUUUUAACAAGGAACAUUGUGUGAAAAUGAAUCAUAAAAACAAACAAGGAAAUACAUCAAAACCCUUGUCCUUCCUGGAGUUAGAGGACAAACAAUCGCUUCAUUGAUAACUUUUUAAAACAUGUAUUUUUCUCCUGGAUCUGUUUUAAGCCCUCUAAACAUUGUAAUCAUUUGCUGUAAUUGCUGUUUACUGCUGCUUUGAGUGGAGUCUUUUACCCUUUUCUCACAAGAAUGCACUGUUGGUAAUUCACCAACUACACCAAGUACACAUAAGACACUAGUUACUUUCAUUUUUGUAAUAUUCUUUUGAAAACAGAAAUCUGAAAUGUGAACUAGAAGUAGUUUAAACAUCUUAAAGUAAAAUGCAGACCGUAUGAUUAAUAUGCAGUAUAUAACCAUUUCAGUUGUAUAUUCGGGGACAUAUUUAUAUAUUCUUUACUUCACUGCCACGAUGACCCCUGAAUUGUGACGGAUACGGUUGCACGAUCUGCUCCGUUAGCUACAACGCUGACGAUUUGCGUUUCAAUCCAAGCACUUACUACGACUGAGCAAGUAUAGUUGUUAGCUGCCUGUUGCUUUUAUGAUAUAAGCUUCCUGUCAAAAAUGUGGACACACUUUUUAACGUAUCAAUCGAAACAAAUCUCGAAAUAUCCAGGAUUAAGAUAUUAUCACGAAAUUGAAUCAAGACAACUGGAUUCACUAAACUCGUCCAGAAGAAGCCACUUGGUUUGUAGCGGAAUGUUGGCUGCAAAAGUUUAGUAAGUCCAGAUUUUUUGAUUCAGUUCGUGAUAUCAUCAAGUUAAUCAAAACAACUGGACUUACUGCCUCCGCUGCAGUGGGCCGGGAGUCACAGUCACUAACACAAAGCCCUGAAGAAGCUGCCUGGUUGGUAGCGAAAAGUUGGCUGCAAAAAUCUUAGGCUACGUUCACACGACAACGCUUCUGGAUUUAUUUUUUUUUUGCGGGUUGAAAAAAAUUUGCAUCCACACACGUGUCGGAUCAAUAAAUGUUCACAUCCAGACGACAACGGAGCACUGAGUGAAAACGAUGUAAUACAUAUACCACACCUGUAUGUGGCGCUGUUAACAAUGAUAAUAAUAUUUAAUAAUGCAAAUCUCAUCACCUUUUUUUAAAACUUUAAGGUAAUUUAGCCGAUUUUAGAUGUAUCCCAGAAAUAUAGCCGUUUUGUUUUGCAAAAGUUAAACAUAAGUUUUCAGUUUUAGCCAUAAGAUUUGGAUGAGAAUUAUUAGAAUAACUUGGUCUCAGAAUCCAACAGUUGCGUGUGUAAUCUUUGUUAUUGAGCCGUGUGUGUAAUCUGCAGUGCGUGUUGUUAGCAUUAUGCUACACCUUUCCCAUUUCGGCAACGGUCUUGCGGCCUUCACUGCAUCGUAGGACCCUGGCGAUGAUGGGGUCACGACGUCUUCGUUUUCCAAAAGCUGAGAUUUGCUUGUCCACACGACAACGCAACGCUGGCUGUUUUUCAGAUUUCUCCAUUCUGGAACCCGUUCUCAAAAAACAGUUUUUCCCACUCUAAACGCUGGAUCCAUGUGGACGAAAGGCCAAAACAAUAAAAACUUCACAGUUUCUACCAAAAAACGUUGUCAUGUGGACAGGCCCUUAGUAAGUCCAGUUGUUACUGAAGUUUUUUCAUUAUUUUAUUUAUGAUUUACAUUGUAGAUUCUCACUGAAGACAUCAAAACUAUGAAUGAGGCAUAUGGAAUGUAGAAAACAAAAAAAUAAACUUAAAAUAACUAACGAUUUUUUAAAAUACCCACUGGUUUGAUCACUACUUUGCACAGUCUCAGCAUUCUCUGACCCUGACACUAGUGUGAAGUGAAAACCAUUUCAGGAGACUUCAUCAAGUAACUCAAAAAGAGAAGAGUUUCACAGUGCUGUCAACAAAGCAAAGGAUGGAUAAUUUGAGAAAAAAAAAUUCCAUAUGCCUUGCUUCAUAUGUUAUUGUCCUCCGUAUGUAUCCACAAUAUACAGGGCAGUAAACAAUGAAUGAGAAGGUGUGUCCAAACUUUUGACUGGUAGCGUAAAUUUAUUUUUAUGUGCAAUUCCUGUCUAUGCCUCACAUGUAAAUAUAGCACUACACCUUGACUACGUACGCAUCUGUUGACUUUAUUGAAAACACUAGCAGGCAACAAACCAGAUCUGACCACCGAGCAGCUUUUUCCACUUUACACAUGAUUCCAUACAAAUCUGUUAUGAAUAUGAAUAUGAGUAUAAGUACAGCCUACACUGAGGAGGAAUACACCGUUCUGUUGAUAGCAAGUGUCUGAACUGUUUUCAAGGCGGGUGCUUCAAGUAGUGACAGUAGAAGUAGAAGUUGGAUAGGAGGCUUUAAGUGAAUUUGGUUACAAUGAAAAAAAUAAAAUACUGUUGGUUUUUUUUUUUUGUUUGUUUUGUUUGUUUUUUUGUUUUUGUUUUUUAUGAAAAUGUUUUUAAAAACCCAUAGUUUAACAAAUAAAAAAAUAUUUCCUUUUCUUUGAGGGGUUAGUAUCAUAGGGACAUUUUGGAAAAUUGGAAAAUGAAAACUUGAGCUCUGUAAUAUUACAAUAAAUAUUCUUUUUUAUUUUAGAUUUAUUCAAAGGAACCAUUUUCAGUGCACAAAAUGUCUUUCCAGGAAAAUCACUUUUACUUUUUAAAUUUCUUUUACUUUUAAAACAUACUUUUACUUUUUACCUUUUUAAAUUUACUUUUAAAAAUGUGCACAUUACUAAUUAAAAUGACACUAUUUUAAUUCCUUGUUAACAGAGCUCACCCACUCAAUAAAUUUUCCUUAAAUUUUUCCCAUAAACUUUUCAAAACAUGUGAUAACUAGUAAUGAAACAAUAACCAAAAUAUCGUUAUUACAAUAUAUUGAAUUACAAGUCUCUUUGCUUAAAUUAAGAGUUAUGGUGCAGCAAUAGCUAAAAAAGACUAGGGGACUACAUAGACCAUGAUCCUUUGCUUCAUUUCAGUGUAGACUACAUGAAGAAAUAACAGUUCUAAGCACUUUUAAAUCUUAGUUCUUUGGAUUAAGUCUUGUCAAGGCAUUUUAAGAGGAAAAAGUAGCAUAUUAACAGUUUUGUUAGCCUCCUCAAAAUAUUGUAAUAAAUAUCGUACCGUGAGAUGUAUAUCGUGAAAAUAUCAAACCGAGAGAUUUGGAUAUUGUUAUCCCACGAUAUCGCAGCAAAUAUCAUACCAUGAGGUUUAUACCGUGAUGAUAUCGUAUUGUGAGACUUGGAUAUCGUUACACCCAUAGUGAUACCUAAUAAUGAAAAGUUUUAAGCCCAUAAAGCACAUUUAAAAUGCUAAAUUAUGUGAAAUGUUGUAAUAAUUUAGCAGACUUUCACAUAACAUGAUGGGUCUUGUGCUCAUUAUUUACCACAUAGCUGAUUAACCCUGAGCAAACUUUCAAAAUUUUAACAUACAUUUUUUUUGGAAAGUCUAUGGGAAAAAUUUAUGGGUAAAAAGCAGCAGCCCCAUGCGCUUUCAGUUAAUUUUUUUUCCCUUUUGAUUCUGAGCCCUCAGUUUUCAAACACGGCAUUCUUGAAACUCUUUUGUACCCUUUCUUUAUUUCUUUCUCAGAACUGCGUGACUAUUUCUUGAUUGAUUGUUCUGAACAAAGGUGCACCAACCGUACGUUCUCUCAAGCUAUAACUCACCUAUUAUUGCAUGAGUCCAAUUCAAGCUUAUUUGUAUAUUAUUGUAUAUCACAUUUUAUGAAAUCCAUGUAUUGUUUGGUGUCUGUAAUGUAGAAAAACAAAACAAAAAAAUCCUCGGGGUUGCUUCACGGAGAUGGGUUUUCUCACUUUUUAGAUUUUGUUUUGUCAAAAUUUGUUUCGGAACACCUUGCGAUUUGCACAGAUUUAAACACUGCAAUCUUGUCCACUCAGUGUUCAAACAAUCUACAAUUUUCUAUUUCAAAAGUGUCUAAAAAUGUCCGUUGUGUUUUUGAGAAUAACCCAUGUCUAGGACCAUCUCUGCUUGUAUUGUACAUUGUGUCCUCUGUCCCAGUUAUAUGAAGCUGUUACUGUACAUUUACUGUAUGGACAAUUUGUUUACCAUUUUGCUUUUCUUUCUUUCUUUCUUUCUUUCACUUUUACUUUAAUUAGCAGUGCGUCGUCAUGUCAACUGUAAAAUUGUUUCUAAUAGGUGGCAACAUUUAAAGUUUUUAGUUGGGGGUCCGUCACCUGCUUGUGUUCUACACGGAAUGUUCCACAGUAUGACAUUAAACAGCAACAUUUUACAUUUAUUCAAUUACAGAUGCUUUUAUAGCUCAAAAAUACCUAGAAAAAAUGGCAUUCUGAUUGUAAGCGGGGUCGUCUUUCCGCAGAUCUGACCUGUAAUUGAAUCUGGCUUGGUUUCCAUGACGCUAGAAAGGUUUAAUGCCAUACUGAAAAACAUUUGACGGACCCUUCACCAGAAAAGUUAGACAGUGCACAAAGCAAUAUUGCCAGAGUUCAGUAUAGGUUGUACACAUUAGUUACUAACAAAUUCGAAGUUCUAAUUUAAAGGUCUUCUUAUAUAAUCUCACUAUUUUUGGUUUUCUUUUCAAAAAUGUACCUCAGGUUGUGUUUAGUUUUCGUCUACAUGUCUACAUCCACGUCCACGUUUUUUUUUUUUUUCUAUUCUGAGGUUGUUUCCUUCUUGAGAGAUGAAAAAUGUCAGCUGCACUUCUCUACAUCAUUCGGUUGGCCCCGCCUUUUCCAGGAAGUGCUCCCAUGGAACUAUAAUAAGAUCUGGAAAAUGAACCAAAGAUGUUGUCGUAUUGGUUUAAAAAGGUCUGAGCUCAUUGAUGCGUGAUGCCAAAAAUGUCCAUACUGUCAAUAACACCACCUGUCAUGCGCACACAAUCAGCACGAAAAAGUUUAUGUUGUGAUAAUGGAGAAGUAUCUUUUUCAAAAUUUUGAUACUCAGACCUUGAAAUGGUGCAUGGAUGUCCGUUAAAACCACAGACUGUAUGGACGGAUCGAACCCGUUAGCCCCUGCGUUCCAAAUAGGAAGUGUUCUUGGAGGUGUUUCUGGUUCCAUCGACUUUCCAAUUGACUUUACGUUGACUUUACUCCUGCAGUGAGCCUCGUCAUUUUGGUCUUAAAAUGUUCUUAUUAACCCGCUCUAAAUGAUCCUGGUGUUUUUAUUUCGCCAGUUUGUCCGUUAAUAAAUCAGAUUCAGAUUUACCCUUAUAACCGUUGACCUCGAUGAGCUUCAUUUGACUGGAGCCGAACGCUGUGGGCGACGUCACACUCCCUUAGUCCACUUCAGCGCUUAAAAUCAUUGUUAAAAGUUGACUAAAUAGAUGUUUUACUACGUUUAUAUGAUGACGGUCUGAACGGAAGACGCAAAAGUGGCGUCUCGUUUUCACUUUUUAUUCCGCGUUUAGACGAGCAUUUUCGGGAGGAAGUCUGCGCGCAUGGGGUGAUGCAAAAGUGUGUGGAAUUCGAUUAGGUGAUGACUUUAGGUGGUGAUGUAUGUGACGUAAACGUGUAUGCGACAUGAGCAGAUCUGACCAGAGUUUUGCGUCUUGAGCAGUGUAGAUGGAAAUGCUACGGCGGAGUGUAUUCAACUUUUCCACUCUGGAGGGUGGUUUCAGAUUUUUGCAUUUUUAAGCCCCCAAAAUGCCGUCACCGUUUAAAAGAAAGGCACUUCCGAUAAAAUAUUUUGUCGAUUUUACCCGCAAGCGUUCUCGUGUAAACAGGCCCUUCGUCUCAAAAUACAAUUGUCCUAUGAAUAAAUCCCAUUUUUAGCACAGCAAUUUCAUCCUUAAUACCAGCAGGUUAAGUGUAUAUAAUGCAUCUCUGUGUCGAUAUUGCCAAGAAGUCCGUUACGAUAUAUCGCCGUAUCGAUAUUUUGGUAAAGCCCUAUGGAGCAACCACUAAUCAAACUCUUAUUAGCCUCAUUUGAACUGUUCCAGGCGCCCCAAUUGUUAUAAAAUGUGAAAUCCUAAUGCAAGACCCAGGAGAAGUAUGUAAUGGGAACUUUCUGUGGGCUUCAGACCGCAGUCCACAAAAGAAAAAAAGAAAAAAUUUGAGCUAAAUGUCAUUCUGAAAUAUGGCUUAAUGUUAUGGUAUUACAGCAUUAAUGGAAGAAAAGCAUGGAAGAUUGAAGCUAGUAGGUCACACCAGAAAAACAAAUCCAAAGUGCCCCUAAAGUUUGCAGUUUGAUUUCUGAUUUCAACUCAAUUUUGGAUCUUGCGUCCUCUCCAAAUUCACUGACUUCACUAAUCUUUCAUUAUGUAGAUUCUAGACUAUCAAAACGUCAACAUUCUAACCUCAACAUCCCUCCGGAGUAAAUGUUGCCACCUCCUCAUGUCCUUUCUUCAAUGUUGGGUUUCUGCAGGGGUACAUUUAGCACCAUAAGCUCUUGUAUGUUUUUCCUCUUUGUGUCUGUGUUCUGUGAAAUAAAAACAAACUAUUUUAUCACAAAA